GCUCACAUGGCAAUCACUUUCAGACGGGACUAAUUAUUUCAGACUGGAAAAGCGUUCAGAAAUACCCAGUGAUAGAGACAAGACAGGGGUCGUGAAGUGAACAUCACACAUUUCCGGGCUCUCUGUCCAAUGAGAAUGUUUCAGACCGUCCCCGACACGUCGUCUUACGUCAAGGUAAGACAACAUCGUCACUACGAGCAGGAGGCGCUGUCAGUGGUGAGUGAAGACCAGUCUCUGUUUGAGCCGCCGUACGCUGCUGCUGCUCCCUUACCCAAGACAGACAUGACUGCGUCCGGCGCACAGGACUACGGUCAGCCUCACAAGAUCAACCCUAUCCCCCCUCAGCAGGAGUGGAUCAACCAGCCGGGCCGGGUUCAUGUCAAACGAGAAUAUGACCACAUCAAUGGAUCCAGCAGAGAGUCCCCGGUGGACUGUAGUGUGGGUAAAUGCAAUAAAAUGGUGGGUGGGACCGACGCAUCUCAGAUGAACUAUAUUGGCUACAUGGAUGAGAAGUGUGCUCCACCCCCAAACAUGACAACCAAUGAGAGGAGAGUUAUCGUCCCAGCAGACCCUUCUCUCUGGUCUCCAGACCACGUGCGGCAAUGGCUAGACUGGGCCAUUAAAGAGUAUGGUCUUCAGGAGAUCGACAUAGCCAUGUUCCACAACACAGAUGGAAAAGAACUUUGCAAGAUGAGCAAAGAGGACUUCCUGAGACUUACCAGCGCCUAUAACACAGAGGUCCUGCUCUCACAUCUCAAUUACCUCAGGGAAAGCAGCUCAUCAAUGCCAUACAACACACCAUCUCAUACCGACCAGUCUCCUCGCUUGGUUGCCAAAGACGAUGCGUCUUAUGAUGCUGUACGGAGGGCAGGCUGGUCAAACAACAUGCACAGCGGCAAAGGUUCUCCUACAGUGGUCUCUCAGAACGUGUCCAAGAACAGUGAACAGGCUCGGCCUCAGCCCGAUCCUUACCAGAUAUUAGGACCCACUAGCAGUCGACUUGCCAACCCAGGUAACAACAUGAAAUCUUGCUAUUUUUAAGCUGUAUUGUAUUUUA